UUCCAAGCUGCUAUGAAGCUCACUAUCAUCAUUGGGCAGGUGUUUGGUCUGCUACCUGUUGUAGGAGUGUCUGAGAAAGAUUCUUCUAAGAUAAGAUUCACUAUCUUCUCGUGGCGAUGCCUAUACAGCUGCCUGACUAUUAUGGGCCAAAGCACGUUCAUGGUGUUCUGUAUCUUGAGCUUAGUCAAGAAUACCGAAGAAUCGUUGUCUUCAAACACAUCAAUAGUUUUCUACAGCACCAAUUGCUUGAUAACGGUUUUCUUUCUUCGGAUCGCCACAAGAUGGCCGCGUCUUUGUCGGCAGAUUGCAAAGGUAGAGGCUAUUGACCCCAACCCUGAUAACACGCUUGUAAGGAAGUGCAAUGCUGCGUGCAUCAUCACACUGAGCCUUGCUGCUCUGGAACACGUGUUUGCUGACAUAUCAGGCUUAUCAGGAGCACUGGACUGUCCAACAGGAAAGCACCUCUAUGAGGCAUUCAUCACCACCAGCUUUCCGUGGAUAUACUCCUUCAUUACGUACAAUGACCUUCUUGGACCGAUAACGCAAAUUAUCAACCUACAAUGCACUUUCAAUUGGAACUUCUCAGAUGUGUUCGUCAUCUGCGUCAGUUUCUUCCUAACUUCAAGGCUAGAGCAAGUCAAUAAACGGAUUGUAGCUGUCAAAGGAAAGUACGUGCCAUCAACGUUCUGGCGUUCGAUCAGAGAAGACUAUUGCAGGGCCGCGUCAUUGGUGCGGAAGGUUGAUGACGUCAUCGGAGGGAUCAUCUUCAUAUCCUUCGCAAACAACCUCUUCUUCAUUUGCCUGCAGAUGCUGCACACUUUCGCGGAAGGGGUGUCAGCAAAGCCUUCAUGUAAAUACGAUGCUCCUGAUGAACGACUUUUCCGUGGGUACGAGCAAGCAAUAUACUUCGUGUACUCCUGUGUGUUCCUGGUGGCGAGGUCUCUAGCGGUGUCUCUGAUCGCUGCCCAAGUGCACACUGCGAGUACGAAGCCAGCCCAGGCUUUGUACCGGGUGUCCUCGUCUGCUUACUGCGUGGAAAUACAACGGUUGUUAGAUCAAAUCCAUAUGGACACGGUCGCACUAAGUGGGAUUCAGUUUUUCAACGUCACACGUGGCUUAGUUUUAACGGUAGCUGGAACUAUUGUCACGUACGAAUUGGUUCUAAUGCAGUUCACUGGAGUGUCACCUACGUCUGCUUCACCAACUGUUCCAUCGCCGACAUAAAAGUGCUUGUUGCAUCUGAAAAUGCUUAGCUUUG